CUUGCUCGCUGGUGAACGCGGCUCUCGUUGUGCGAAGGAAGCGAAAACAACUGACAUCAAGUUUUUCACGUUUAAAGAAGUCUGAAACGAGAGUGACUCGGUGUGAAUUUUCCCCCCACGAGCCUGUGGGGUAUAAGAGUCGUGCGGCCGCGGCAAGCAAAGUAAAACAGGAGGCAAACCCGUACGUUUGAUGGCUGCCGGAGAUGGAGCCCAGCUGCCGGCCACAGUAGCAGCCAGUCGGAGCGUGGAGAAAGCUCUGGAGGAGGCUGUCGCGAGUGGAGCUCUCAACCUGUCCAACCGAAAGCUAAAGGAGUUUCCUCGCAGCGCCAGGAACUACGACCUGUCCGACAUAACCCAUGCAGAUCUAUCUAAGAACCGCCUGUGUGAGCUUCCAGAGGAGCUGUGUCAGUUCAUCUCUCUGGAGACUCUGAGUCUGUACCACAAUGGAAUGCGUUUAUUGUCCCCCAGCCUGGCCAACCUCCAGACCCUUACCUACCUCAACCUCAGUCGGAAUCUCCUGUCCUGUUUGCCCCCGUCCAUGUUCCAGCUCCCCCUACUGCGAGUGCUCAUAAUCAGCAACAACAAGCUGUCUUCACUGCCCUCCUCCAUCUACUCUCUCACACACCUUCGACAGCUGGAUGUCAGCUGUAAUGAGCUGCAGAGUUUACCAGCAGAACUUGGUCAACUGGAGACUCUGAGGGACCUGAACUUGAGGAGGAACCAGCUCACCACUUUGCCUGAAGAAAUGUCUGAACUUCCACUUGUUCGACUCGAUGUGUCCUGCAACCGAAUUUCCCACGUUCCUCUGUGUUUCCGUCACCUCCGACAUCUGCAGACAAUCUCACUGGACAGCAAUCCUUUGCAAAUGCCACCGGCACAAAUCUGCUCCAAAGGCAAAUAUCACAUCUUCAAGUACCUGAACAUGGAGGCCUGUAAGAGUCAUGAGGAGGAGCUGGAGAAACACCUCAACAUGAGGCCGACUGGAUUUAAAAGCAGUCUGUCAGACCAGGAGCUAUUCACUUGUCAGUUUGGCGGCAUGGACUCUGGUUUCAACAGCGUGGACAGCGGCAGCAAACGAUGGUCUGGCAAUGAGUCUGCAGAUGACUUUUCCGAGCGUUCUCUUCAGAUGGCGGAGGUCAACCACACCUUGCAGAGACACCUUGAGGAGCAGUAUGAAGAAGACGAUGAGUCCCUGGAGGCCAACAAUGUGAAUGGAGUGGCUGAGCAGAUCAGCUUCAUCAGCAUCAGCAGCAGUGUGACAGAGGAGAUCCGGAUAGAUCCACCCACACCUUCCCUUGUUACCUUUCCUUUGGAGCAGGAUUCAUCUUCUCCAUCCCAAAACCAGGAUACAACCUGCAGGAUGGAAGGGAACUGCUCCUUUUCGUCCACUGUGCCCCCCUCCAGUCCCACCCUGGAGGAGAGGAGAAGGCCUGGAACCCUAUUCAUUUGGCAGGAGCGGGAGCGGCUCCAGCAGCAGAGGGAGAAGGCCAGUUUCCUGAAGUCAUCUGCUAAACCCGGAAGUCAUGUGGCCUCUACACCACAGACAGGAAGUAGCUCAUGUGGUGGCUCACCAGAAAAUGGAAGUGCCCUCUCUGGCCUGCGUCAGCGAUGUGCAAGUGCUGACCAGAUGAGCACCGGAUCUCCAUCAGUUCUUCUGCAUCACUCCAGCAGCAGAACAGAUGAACUGUCCUCUCCGAAGACCUCCUCUCCUCCUGGCCAGGCUCAGAAACCCAACAGUUUCCUGUUUCGCACGUCUUCUCGGAGCAACGUCAAACCUACAGGGACCAUACUUACUCUGGGAGAGUCUGGCAGGAGUGAAUCUCGUACCACUCUGCGUUCACCAAAGGAGGAAAGAAAAGACCUCACACAACUACGCAAGACCUUAGAGUCUCGACUGAAGACCAGUCUGCCAGAAGACCUAGGUGAGGCUCUAUCCAACGGAACCGUCCUCUGCCAGCUGGUCAAUCAGAUCCGGCCUCGCUCCGUGUCAAUCAUCCACAUCCCCUCCCCUGCAGUGCCCAAACUGAGUUCAGCUAAAUCGCGACUGAACGUUGAAAACUUCAUCACUGCUUGCCGCAAGCUGGGAGUCCCUGAGGCUGAAAUGUGUGUGUGCUCUGAUGUGCUUCUGUGUAAGCUGCCCAGUGUUCUGCGCUGUGUGACGGGCUUGCUGGCUGUGGAGGAGGAGCGCCCCACCUACCACUGGGCCCCUGCAUCUUCAACUUCUUCCUCCUCUUCCUCGCUGCUGUCGCCAGAUUUCCUAUUGUUUUACUGCUGUGUCAUGGCGCUCCUCUACGCCGCCUACUGCUGUCUGCUCACCUAGUGCAGCACCUCAGAACCCUGUAGCUGUCUCUGGAGCCAUGUGAGCACUGUGUGUGUCAAAUACACACCAUGACUGUAGAGCAGAGGUCCUCAACUGCUCUGGCUGAUCCGGCUGGAGCCAUGAAGAACACUGACUGGCAGGAUGGAUGGGGAGACAGAACCAGAUGGAGCUGUGGUUCUGGAAAGCACGGCAUGCUGAGAAAAGCUGCAAGGUGUGUCUGAAACAGAGCUUGUUUGUAGCAGAAAGAGAGGCUGGAACAGAGAAACCAGGAAAUCCUGAGUGUUGUUUAGUAGAUCUAUCUGAACUGAUAUAAUCUGAGUAGGUAGAUGUACAUGUGCUCUGUGUUCAGGGUGGUUCUUUAACCGCUUCAGCUCCAGUUGGACGCUUGAUUAGAGGCAGUUCACUCUCUGAUAGGUUUAUUUUCCAGACUAAAGGCUGUAUGAAUGCUAAACAUGCUGCAAAACCAGCAGGUUCAAUAUUACAUUUUUCCUCUAACAGAGAGACAGAAUGAUGCGGGUCAGUUUGUUGGAGCUCUGGUGGAAAUUUGUAAAAGCAUCAGGAUAAAUGGAUCUUUUAUUGCAGUAGUAUAAAAUGACAUUCUGGAGAAAUCCAACUUUUAUUUUGAAGACAUUUAUCCAUUUAGUUGUUACCGUAACAGCAACAAACCAAUCUUUAGUUUCACUGGUGUUAACAUUUCCUGCCAGUCUUCUCCAGUAACCUUUAACAGAGUAUAGUUCUACAGACAGAGGGAUGAUUUCAGCUCUCUGAUCAUUUCUCUCUCUGCUUCAGAGACUGAAUUAAUGCACUCAAUAUAGGGUUGAUUUUUCUACAUUUGUAUGUGUGAGCUUAUGCUGCUGCAAUAAAAGAUGUAUCAAUUUGUAAGCGUGUGACACAUCACGCCCAAUUCAUUUGUUGAGUUCUUCUAGAUUAUUCUGAUUCUACCAGCAGUUUUAGGCUAAAGAAGUCCCAGUUUUCCAUUUGAUUUGUUUUCAUUUUCUCAUGCAGAGAAAAAGCAGACAUUGUAUUUAUGACUUACAGGUACAUUUUCUUGUUGAUAGAUUUAAAAGUUUUUGAAAAUGGUAAUGUUGCUAAAGGGUCCAGCCUUUUUAUGAAACAAAUAUGCAAUAUUAGAGUAUUUAUGUUAUUCUCGUAGAUCAUAAUUAAUUGGCAUUCUGCAUCAUAAUAUAUGUGCAUGAAGGUCAUGAUGUUUAGAGAUGUUUAUCCAGUAGAGGUCUUAGUCAGAUUAAUAUGUAGAGCUACAGCUCUACAACAAUAACAUCUACUGUGAUUUUCAUCUCACAGUUCCAAACCAUAUUAUGCUGAUUAAUGCAGCUUCAAGUUGCAAAAAAACUACAAUUUGAGCCAUGCAUCUCCAGGUGUUUCAGGUUUUCACUUGCCUUGUCUCACCUUUGUGAUCUGGUCACUCUGUGGUUGUGGAAGUCAGCUGAACUCUUGUACCUCCAGAGGAGCUUGAGCAUUUCUUCCUCAGUUUCUUGAACUGUGAAUGUGAUUUUUAGCCCUAAGAAAAAUGCAAGUUCAAUGUUGGAUGUGAAGUGUUGGUGUGCACACUGAAUGUGCUCAACACUGAGAUUAGUUUUAUGCAUGCUGUUUAACAUGGGAGCAGCAGAGGGCUCUGUUGCUCCUUCAGCUCUCCCUAGGCGGUACAGAGCCUUCCAGGAAGUCGAGUGUGUGUGAAGCCGUUGUUGUUGGCACGGGUCUUUUUGACCUGCGGACUUGUAUAAAUGUAAACGGCUUAUUAAAUUAUUGUGUUUAUUUAUAUUUAUUAUGUUCUACUUUGGUUUGUCUGGAAGCAGCAGAAGUUUUCUGAGGAAAUUAGUUUAGAAAUUCAAAAUUGCAACAGAUUAAUAUUUAAAUAUUAUCAGUUAAGCUAACAAUGGAGCUUUGGUUUUCUCUUGGCUCCACAUCUACCAAACUGCUAGACAGCUUCUGUAGCUUCCAGCACACAGUCAUCUAUAUGGUGUCUUAGCUCAUAUAGAAGGUCAGGGCCUGCAGAUAAACUCACAUUAGAACUCAUUUACAUGUGGAGCUUAAAGGCAACAUUUACUGCAGGAUUGUAGGAGAUUUGGUCAGAACUGCAACAAAUUUAAUGUCUGAACAGAAAAGUAAAAAUAAUAUGAAUAUUAAUUCAUUCUUAAAAUACAUUCUCUGAUCAUUAGCUACAGUUUGUAUUGAUUACCAGUUUACUGUGGAGAGAUUGUGAAAAGUCAGUAUCUCUCACCUGCUGUAGAUGAAUGGUGAAAGGUAGUCUAGGUUUAGAUCGCUGCUCCAUGCUUCAAUCACCUCCACUGGGGUUAGUGAUAUGUUCUCUUCUGCAGUUAAGAUGCUCCUCAUAACAACAACUUCUCUUUAUAGUUGAGAAAAUAAAGUCAUAAGCAAAUGAUGAAAAAACAAAUUAACCAAAAAAACUGUGGGGCAGUCUGAGGUUCUUCCACAGCCUCACCACCAAAUGUUGUUGCAGAGCAUUAACCUGAAAGUGAGAAGAUGUUUUUUUUUUGCCAUUUACUGGUAGUUUCAACUUAAGUUGCUCACAUAUAGUUGUUUUGUUAAAUUUUAGGCAAGAUUGGGGGUGAUCGGUGAUAAAUAAUGACAACACGCUGUUCUGCUAAAAUAAAUGUGUCCUUUUAUUCUGCCACAGAUUACAGCAAACUCAUUCACACAACAAACAAUACAUAAUGCUUAAAUUCUUUUAAUCCGCUCUUACCGUGACAGUGAACUGGAGAGCCGACAGUCCGGGCAGAGGUAUAGCAUCACGUAAUUGGGCGUCCGUACGUAACCCACAGCAGACUCUCCUGAACAAAGGGACUUUUCUGCCUUAAUACUCACUACCAAAACGAUCUAGAAUGAAAGAAGGAAAUGGCCAUGUCCCCUCUCCCAGACCGGUUAGCCAAUCAGAAUGCUACUUCCCUGCCCACAACUCGACCCAUUGUUGUCCAUGAGCUCCAGAGGUGACAACCAUCGACUCAGUAACAAGUUCCACUUGGCCUCCUGUUGUCCAUGGCUGGACACCCCGUUGUCCAUGGGUUCCAGAGGUGAUGACCAGGAGCUCAGAGCGUGAUCAAUUAGCAUACAGUAACCAGUUCCUUUAAAAUGUGUUAAAAAUGUAUAAAAUGAGCAUGAAACAUACAAUUUAUCAAAGAACAUACAAAAUUCUUAAAUCAAUAGUGUACAUGGGUAUCCAAACAUUUUGACAUAUUCGCCAAAACCAAGCAAUCAAGACCAGCAAAAAUGUUUCUAUGUAUUAAAAAUUAAAACUUUUUUUCUGUCUUGUCAAAGAUAAAUCACUAAUUAAGAAUGAGAACGGUUUAGUUUUUCUCCUUUUUUAAAAGAGGUCUGAAAUAUCCCACAUUUUGAUUUUGUUUUUUAUACCAUUUUCCUGGAUAAAAGAAAAAUGCCUAAUAUCCUACCAGCAACAAGUGCAGAUAGGAUAUUUAAAAGCAUAGUACAAGGAACAGACACUCCUGGAGUACACCCUCUGUUGGAGAACAUGGCAACAUUGUUUGGAUGUUAAUCCCCCUGAAGUUCAAAUCUUUUUUGGGAAAGCUGGAAGUGUGUCAACAACCCAACCUCAAAAUCUAAUCCAACAUUGGAUAAUCACAACUGCCACAUGUCUAAAACCUUGUUCAGUUACGGAAAUCUAUUUGUAUCACUUUAACUGUACUGUACAGUCCUCUGCUAUAGUUAGAGAAACUGUUACACAGGUUGAUAAAGGUACUUAGCCUUGUGCCUGAGCUCAACCACUUCAAGAGCUCCGUCUGGAACACAAGCAUUCCAGACUUCCAAAGUAGCGUAGUGUUUUUUUUUUUUUUCGUUUUUUUUUUACUUGAAGCGACAUCUAUAAGGUUGAUUUUAGAAUUGGUUCCUCAUUUUUUCAGCUACGUGGAGCAAACAUUAAAUCUUCCUGGAGUUUGAACCAAACAUUAGAGAAGAAGAAAAUUGAGACCUGGAGGAAACCCAAAUGAAUAUUAGGAGACUGUUUCUAUGCUCAUCAUCAUUCUAAUUUAUAAAACAGUUUUACAAUAUUUAAUUUUGAAUGCUUAUUGAUUGAUUAAUGUGCAUUUAAAUAGGUUUAACAGUUAUAUGAAGUCACAACUUCCCUUCUGUUUUAUUAAUCUGCUGUUAUGAGAAUGAUUUCAGUUCAAAUGUAUAUUUUGAGUGAAACCUGGAUUUGCAAUAAUUCCUUCACUGGCUUAGACCAAGAUAUAUUUCUACAUUUGUUAGUGAAAUAUUAUGUUUUAUAUUUGCAUAACACUCUUUUUAACUUUAAAUGACUGUUUUCCUUUCUGCUGUAAAGAAGUGAUUAAAACUGAAACUUUGACCCUGUG